UUCAUAUCAUCGCAUUCUACAAAGCGAAAGCCAAAGAAAAGCGAAAAAUUAGUAAAAAGAAAAGAGAGAAGCAACAAACACGUAUCGAUAAUUCGAUAUGGGUAGGCAUCAGAAAGUGAUAAUGUCGAUGGCGAGUGCUGUGUUGGUAGUUGUAGCGUGUUUGAGCGUCGGAAUUGGGAGCGCUAGAGCUCAGUCUUGCUGCGGCGGUGAGGUUAGUGAUGUUUUGGGGUGGCAGAAUUACGUCACCAACAUUCUGACGAUGCUGGCUCGAGAGACGCCCACACAGGCUCCGGGUUCUACAUACACCACUACGUAUGCCGGUCGGAUUAAAGGCGAUGCUCUUUGUCCUUCGUCAUACGGCGGGCAGGCAUGCAUAGACUGUAUGAAACGUCUUCAGAUCAAGCUCCAAGCUGCUUGUCCUAAUUCCGCAAGUGGAGAUGCCGAUGAAGGAUCUACAUCCUCCUGCACCAUGUCUUUCGUUAAACUCUAAGCCCUGCCCGUAUCCAAAAGUUACGCUGCCGAGUCAUCCAAGCUGCGUGGCCUCUAUCAAGUUUACUUUGCCUUUCUUAUGAUUCCUGCAUGUCAUUUAUGUGUCAGUUAAACUAAACGGCCGUAUCGAUCGUUAGCGUUACGAACUGGUUGAUCGGUGCCCAAAAUAAAGCAUAUGACUCGUAUGAGAAACUACUAUUAUUAAUACAUAUGAUGACAUAUUCCCCACGAGAAAGAAAAAUCAGCUUGUGGUUUGAUUUGUGAAUACAAGGAGAUUGAGGGUGAUCAUCGAUUCUGCAAAAGGGAAUCAGGAUGGCACUACUUAAUUAGCGGAAGAUCAAUUCACAAAUAAUGUUGAUUUUCUCGGGAGAUCUCACAUAAACUCCUACACCAGUUUUUUCGGGCCUAAUCAACUUGAAAUUCCUUAUCUCUCACACCAGUACUUAGUCAACUUACACUUCCCUAUCUCACACCAGUACUACGAUCACCAAUUAUGUGCUCCUUUCGAUCAAUUCACAACAAUGUGAGUCGGGAUUAGGUAUUGAUAGGUGAAUUUGUACCUUACAGUAUUUUUCUUUAUUAAUGUCAAAACAGAAGCCUGCAAUCGAUAAUCCAGAUGAACACAAACGCACACGAAUUUAACGUGGUUCACUAACAUAAUGUGUGCUAGCUAAUCAACGGGCAGAGGAGAAACAAUUGCACUGAUUUGAGGAGAGUACAGGUUACAAACCAAAUUCCGAACGUACAAACCAAACAAACUAAUCUAACUGACAUUACAACAGACUAGGUUGAUGAAGAGUAUUUAUAGAACUCUUCUCCUAAUCCCAAACAGAAAACCAAACACAUUUUUCAAGGCUACAAGGAAAAGGCCUAAACAAAGCCCAAACAAAAAAGGCCCGGAACACAAAACAAACCCAAAUCAAAUUCAAGUCAUAUUCUAACAAUCUCCACCUUGACUUGAAUUCUCUCUCAAGUACCAAAUGUACCAGACGCGACCAAAGUUGCCAGAUGUACCCAGACACGAUCCAUAUCACCAAAUUUACCCAGAUGCGAACGAAAUCACAGAUAUCCAGUUGUGAUCGAAAUCACCAAACUCAAAUGCAGCGUAAAUUGCCAAAAUCAGAUGAAAUCAGAAUUGUCAGACGUAACAAACUCCUCCAAAUCAGCUGUACCAGAACCUCCCUCGCCUCCAAAUGCUCCUAAGGGUGGUCAACAACUCAAACCAUUUUAAAAAUCCAACUCAUGUUGAGACUUGCUUUUCAGAACCAGUUCGGUGCCCUUAUCACAAACAGAACAUGUCAAAACAGAACGUUGUAGAUUAUACAAGGCACCACGCUUGACACCUUUCAAAAUCACCUUAGAACCUUUGUAGAAAGACAACAAUCCACCUUCACCUUUGAAACUGAAACCCUUGCUGUCGAGUAGACUCAAAGAUAUCAAAUUCUUAGUAAUCUCUGUAAUAUGUCUAACAUUGUUCAAGGUGCAAACAGAACCAUCAUGUGUCCUCAUCCUGACGGAGCCUCUUCCAACAAUCUUACAGAUAGCACCAUUGGCCAUAGAAACAUGUCCUCCAUCUAUCUGCUCAUAAGUUGAAAAACAUUUCCUGCUUGGACACAUAUGAUAAUCAGCUGCAGUAUCCAAAUACCACACAUCCUGAUGGUGUACCGGCUCAUUCACUGCUAUGGCUAAACCAUCUUCAGAAUCAGAGUUAAUUCUUCCGCCACAGCAGCGGAUGAUUCCUUCUUCUCCUGAUAUUUCUUUAGCUUAGGACAAUCAAAUUUCCAAUGUCCU